AUGUACCAUUACAGUUUAAGAUAUUUUACAAAUUUUCAAUUUUUGCCUUUUGAUUUGGGUAAAGUUCAGGAACUUUUCAAUACCGUGAUCGAACGUUUGCAGUUUUUGUUCGUCCUGGCCGUGGCCGCCGUGAAGGCCUCUCAUUUCUCCCUGGAAGGCCAUGGUUACGGCAGUGAACCGAAGCUCAUCUCGCAAUCGGUUCAUCUGAAAGAAAUACCGACGAAAAUCAUUAAGGUCACGAAGACGGCUGUUGUCAAGGUUCCAGUGCCGUAUCCAGUCAAGGUGCCCCAUCACAUACCCGUCCCUGUGCCGGUGAACCAUCCGAUCGCGAUUCCGUACACGAAGCUAGUGAAAGUCCAGGAACACGUGCCGGUGGAGGUGUCCAAGCCAUACCCGAUCGAGAUUCAUCAGCAAGUACCUGUGGUGGUGCCGAAGGCGGUGCCGAUACCUCAGCCGGUACCCGUUCCUCAGCCUGUGACGUUGAACAAGCCUGUAUUUUACCCGGUACCACACCCGAUCCCUUAUCAGGCGCACAGCCAGUCGGAGGAAACCGUCGGUGGCGUGGGUGGUUAUGAUUCCGGUGACCACGGUGGUCACGAAUCGGAAAGCUAUAGCACUUACACGGUGAACCAACAGGGACACGACCAAGGAGGAAAUUUCCAACCAUCUCAGCCUGAUUACUCCGACCAUCAUUAA